AGCAGUUGUCCUGUUCUUCCCUUUACCUUGCUCCUGCUGCAGAACACGAGCAACCCCAAAGCCUCCACUCCUUGUGCUGGCUACGAAAUGGCAGAACCCCCAGCUCCAGGCGCCAGCUCCAGCAGGAACCACUCUCUGGUAGAGUACGGGCUGAGGCCGGGGGAAAUCGCAGCUGCCAGCGUGGUUUGGGGAGCGCUGUGGCUGAUUUCUGUCUUGGGAAACUUCCUCGUUUGCUUAGUGAUCCACAGGAGCAGGAGGACACAGUCCACCACCAACUAUUUCGUGGUGUCCAUGGCCUGUGCAGACCUUGUGAGCAGCGUGGGGAGCGCGCCCUUCCUGCUGCUGCAGCUGAGCUCCGGGCGGUGGAUGCUGGGCAGCGGGGUGUGCCGGCUGGUGAGGUACAUCCAGUACCUCACACCCGGGGUCCAGAUCUACGUGCUCCUCACCAUCAGCGUAGAUCAAUGCUACACCCUAGUCCACCCCCUGAGCUUCAAAGUGUCCAGGGAGAAAGCGAAGAGAAUGACUCUGGUCUCUUGGCUCUGUGGUGCUCUGUUUGCAUCACCAGCCUGUUUUCUCUAUGGCUCCAACAGUGACCACCACUGCAACUUCUUCCUCCCCGAUUCUUGGCAAGGGGCCGCCUACAGUGUCAUCCAUCUCUCGGUGCUGUUGCUUUUGAUCCCAUCACUCCUCAUUAUCCUCUGCUACCAGAAACUCUUCACCUACAUUUGGAGAAGUGGCACCGAAGACAUGGCUGGCAGGAGGACAGUGAGUCUUGUCUCGAGAAGAAAAGUGAAAACUGUCAAGAUGUUCUUCAUCUUUGUCUCGGAUUUCCUCCUGUCCUGGCUCCCUUACUUCACGGUACAGUUGUGGCACCCACAGGAAACAGACUACAGAAAGAGCUCCUUGCUUUUCCUGGCUGUCACCUGGAUCUCUUUCAGUUCCUCAGCCUCUAAGCCAGUCCUUCUCUACAUCUAUAAUGCAAAUUUCAGAACAGGGAUGCAAGAAAUUUGUUGCUUGAGGAAAUACCCCAGAAGCAGUAUCUACACCAUGACCACCAGUUCCAGGACAACCAAAAAUAAUCACAGUGGGAUCACAGAUAUCCCGGCACCAACCCAACCUCCCCAAAGACUGCACCUGUGA